AUGGCAGCAGCAGCAACAGCAGCAACAAUAGCAGCAGCAACAGCAGCAGCAGCAGCAUCAACAACAACAGCAGCAGCAGCAACAGCAGCAGCAGCAGCAGCAGCAGCAGCAGACGUCGGCCCACGACUGCGUCAGCGUCUGCAGCACCGGGGCCAAAAUCUGGCAGCAGCAGCAGCAGCAGCAGCAGCAGCAGCAGCGCAGCAGCAGCAGCAGCAGCAGCAGCAGCAGCAGCGCAGCACAGGGGCAGUUAUAUGGAUUAAGAGCAAUGAAGAAAAAAAGGAAUAA